AUGUCCUCCAUCGAUCCAGUCGUCGUCAUUGACGGCAAGGGACACCUUCUCGGUCGUCUUGCCAGCACUGUCGCCAAGCAGUUGCUCAACGGCCAGAAGAUCGUCGUCGUGAGAUGUGAGGCUCUCAACAUCUCCGGCGAGUUCUUCCGCGCGAAGCUCCUUCCUGAACGCUUCCGACAAUAUCGUCUGUCUCGGCUGGUGCUGAAUGUGAAUGCCAUAGGUCCCUUCCACUUCCGCGCUCCUUCCCGCAUCUUCUACAAGGCCGUCCGCGGUAUGAUGCCCCACAAGACUGCCCGUGGUGCUGCCGCUCUGGAGCGCCUCAAGGUCUUCGAGGGUGUUCCUCCCCCCUACGACAAGAAGAAGCGCGUCGUCGUUCCCCAGGCUCUCCGUGUCCUCCGUCUCCGCCCCGGUCGCAAGUACUGCACCGUCGGCCGUCUGAGCCACGAGGUUGGCUGGAAGUACCAGGACGUCGUUGCCAGACUUGAGGAGCGGAGAAAGGUUAAGAGCAGUGCAUACUACGAGCGCAAGAAGGCCGCCCGCCGUCAACUCGUCCACGCCCAGAAGUCGGCGGCUGUCAGCGAGCAGACCAAGACUGAGCUCGCUCAGAUAGCCGAAGCAAUCCACCACAUAACGACCAACAACCAGAUCCUCCGCAGAAGCUACAUCGAAUUCGCCGACCGCGCCCGCGGCCUCGCCUACUUCCUGAAGAGCCAUGGUUACACGCGCGUGGGCAUCCUGUGUCCCAACACGCCGGCGUUCUUGGAGGCGAUCUUUGGGAUUGCGGCUGCCGGGGCCGUGCAGGUUGCUGUGAACUAUCGUCUCAAGGAAGAGGAUAUCGCCUAUAUCUUCACGCACUCGGAGGUGGAAGUCAUCAUUGUGGAUGAGGAGUUUCUGCCGCUGUUGCAGAAGUAUAGAUCUACAAGGCCUGAGGUGCCGGUCAUUGUGGAUACGGAUACGGAUGUUACGGAGGGUCAGUUGUCGGGCCCGUUUGAUGAGGCGGUCCUCGAGGGAUUGAGGUAUGAUAGGGAGACGGGGGCCCGGGGGUGGGAUGGGCUGGAGGCGCAGGCGACUGCGGAAGAGGAUGUGCUUGCUUUGGCGUAUACCAGUGGCACGACGGCCAAGCCGAAAGGCGUGGAGCUUACGCAUCGCGGCUGUUACUUGGCGACUAUGGCGAAUUUGGUGGAGUCCGGGUUGAAUGUGCAGGAGGGCAGGUGCAAGUAUCUUUGGACUUUGCCGAUGUUUCAUGCUGUUGGGUGGACCUUUCCUUGGGCUGUGACCGCUGUCCGCGGUACGCAUUACUGUCUGCGUAAGAUCGAUUAUCCGCAGAUCUGGCGGUUGCUCCAGCAGGAGGGCAUCACGCAUUUCAACGCGGCGCCCACGGUGAAUACCCUGCUAUGCAACUCCCCCCAGGCCGAGCGUCUGCCGCAUCCGGUGCGUGUAACCGUGGCGGCCAGCCCCCCGACGGGCCAUCUCUUUGAGCAAAUGACGGGCCUCAACCUGCACCCAGUGCAUACUUACGGUAUGACCGAGACGUACGGCCCCAUCACCAAGGGGUACCAUAUGCCUGCUUGGGAGAACUUGCCGUCCAGCGAGCGGUACGAGAAGAUGGCGAGGCAAGGCCAUGGGUUCAUCACCAGUCUGCCGGCCAGGGUGAUCAAGACGGAUGUUCCCGAGGGCACGGUUGUUGACGUGCGCCGAGACGGCAAAGAGAUUGGGGAGAUUGUGUUUGCCGGGAACAUCUGCUCCCGCGGCUACUACAAGGACCCGGAGGCGACGCGGAAGCUGUUCCUCGGGGGCGUCCUGCAUUCCGGCGAUUUGGCCGUCUGGCAUCCCGAUGGGGCGAUUCAGAUUCUGGAUCGGGCCAAGGAUAUCAUCAUUAGCGGGGGGGAGAAUAUCUCGUCGGUUGCCUUGGAGGCGCAGUUGGUAACCCAUCCUGACAUUCUGGAGGCGGGUGUCGUGUCAGUGCCGGAUGCCCACUGGGGCGAACGUCCCAAGGCGUUCAUCACUGUCAAAGAAGGACGGAACUUGGAUGGCAAGGCGGUCAUCGAAUGGGCGCGGAAUGCCAGUGGCAUCAGUAAGUUUAUGGUGCCCCGCGAGGUGGAAGUGGUGGCGGAACUGCCCAAAACCAGUACGGGGAAAAUCAGGAAGAAUGUCCUGCGGGACUGGGCUAAGGGGGCAUCUCGGUCAUGA